GAACGAGCUGCUCAAAGGCUAGAUGCAUUUAGCUGACAGAUGAGAAAAUUGCCCAAUUUGAGCUGCUGCAGACAAUGGCACACACUGACAGUGAUGUAACCAAAGUAUUAUCCAGAGACAAAAGAAGCCAACGGCCUGACAAAAGCUCUCCUUUACCCUCUCAGCCUGUUUAAUGAGCUCUAAUUAGAGAGAUGAGUCCGAUCAAGCAACUGGUCCUCGUGUUGACCUUCUUCUAAACCAGAUGAAUCAACUGACAGCUUCUGAGCUGGAAGAUGGCAGCGGAUCAAGCUGAAUGUAAUAGAUAAACUACGAACCAUCACCAAUUAUUAAUUACUUGGCUGAAUGUCUUUAUUUGACUUAUACAUCAAUGACAAGUUGCACGCAAAAUUUCCGAACUCAAACUGACAGCGGUUCAAGACUGACCGAAACUGAAAAUGAACUGUCCAGUAGAUCAGAAUAUGUUUAGUGUAUAUGUUCUGGGUAAUCUAUUCCUGCAACAAAAUGGUUUGAAAAGAAAGCUUAAAGUUCCCAGAUCACCAGCACAGCCUCUACUUGGGAGUCUGGUAGAUGUUAGAUCGAAUCUUAUCAAGUGGCUGUAAAGCAGCAUGUCUUUGUGGCCAUCGGCGAGUCUCUGUGCUCGAUUCUUUUUUUGAUGUAAAAGUCAGGCAUGCGUUGACGUAGCCAAUACGCUUCAGAGGAGGAAGAUGUGAUAUUGGAGAUAAAUGAGGAUACUGGAAACCAGGCAGCAAGAUAACGGGAGCGGUGCCGCUGAAAACACUGAUUGUGGUCGGUGAGUGCUGGAAGUCUGGAAGAUGCCCUAAAUGGCAAAAAUCAGCAUCUUGAUUGCAUAUUUCUGCAUGCAUUAUGAGGUUAUGGAUCUUCUCGGCUUGAACAAGACGUCGAUGACACAACAUCUGAGAGCUUUGAAGUGAUUCCACAAAAUCUGUCAGCAGAAGCUUUCCUUCGGUGAACUUCUGCCAGAUACUCUGGAGAGUGAAAGACCGAAAUCUCAGUCAAAACUCUGAAAGCACACUUUUGAGUCUUUGAAAUAUGUGAAACGUAUGUAUCUCAGAUGUACCUCAGACCGACUCAAGGAAUGAUUGGUUUUCUCCUUAAGAAGCUCAUGAAGCGUUCGAAGGCUGAGUUUCUGCUGCAAAGAUUCUGCACAAGAAGCAUUAAGUCAGUGAUACUCACAUUAAAACAAACUACUAACAGGCCAACAAAGAUCUUACCCAGCUUUCUCUGUUUGCGUCGCACUGAAGACACCAUUUGACCCAGAGUCUGGUACUUUUUGGCUAAAAGCUUUUUAGAGUUGUUCAGAUGUGGCUGAUGCGCUAAGUUCUGCUCUGCAAGCCGACAGCUGGAGGCCAUCGAGAUCUUUUUACACCUCUGAAGAUGCUGUAACUGCAGGCGAGUCCUUCAGAUCAGGUUAAUUCAUGUACAAUGGCACUAUAAUAGUAUUUAGACACUUUCUGAGAAUUUCUGCAAUCAGAUAAUCUGUCAGUUUAAGAUUUGACAAACAAUUUCUUGUCUUGAAUUUUUGAACGUGUAAAACAGUACCUUCGCACUGUGUCUGAUUGUGUCUCUCAUCCUUUCCUCGUCUUCCAGGAGCUCCAGAAGUUGAGCAGUGUUUAAACACUUGAGAUAGUCCAAAUUUAGCAUCGAAUCCCCUUCAAGAGGCAUUGCAGCCCAUUUAUGAAAGCACUGCCUCUCACCGAGGACUCGAGCUACUGAUGCUGUGAGAUCAUGCUGCAUCUGCACAUCUUGUAACAUGAUCAUGGGCUCCAGAGAGGUUGGUUACUAGGGAUUUCUGAGCUUUCAUUGGAGCCAGACUUCCAACACAGAGCUACACAUUCUCCUCCAACACCCUUGAUAACCGUAGACGAGGACACGAGUCAAAAUGUAUGAGGGCCUUCAGCACCUCGGACAGCUCUACAAUUGUUACCCAAAAUAACUUAAAAUGUAGAAAACAGUCAUAUAGUAUCAUUCUAUAUUUUACCUUUUAUCUAUGUUUCAUUUAUUCCAUUUGUUACAAUAAAAUAUGCUUAUAUAACUAGUAUUUAUUAUCUCAGAAUGUAUUAUUAAAACACUUGGCAACCAUGAUACCAUUUUAUUUUCACUUGUUUUAUCCCUCUUAUUAUUCAAUGCAGAAGCGCUGAAUGUGCGAGGCUUCUGGUUUAUUAGUGAUAAGUAACAAGAAUAAUAACAACGUGGGGGAAAACAGUAUACCCAUAGAUAGAUAGAUAGAUAGAUAGAUAUUAUAUUUGUAGAUGUAUCAGCAUUAAACUCAUAAUAUAAUACCAUAAAUAAAUUCCACCAUCAACCUUGUUUCUUUACAUUAUCAUGCUAGCAUAUUUUCAUUAAAUAACAUUAAUAUUCAUCUAACUGAUACAUGGCUCUUCUGAUUAUCUUCCAAACAGGGGGAAAGUGUUACAUGACAAAACAGACAAUGCUAAUUAUAAAAAGCUUGACGUGUUUUAUAAAAGAGUCUUUGUUUUGGAUUAAAUCCAGUUUUGCUGUCCAGUCGCAUGAGGUUAUAUAACACUUGAUCUUCUUUCCCACCUUAUAAACUGUCUCGAGAGUAUGUUUCUUUAACUCUAAAGCGUUAUCCUGUUAUACUUUGACUUCAAGGUUCAAGAACUUAGCCACUUAGUCAUUAUUUCCUUUCCACCCUGCAACAGGACUGACUUGUCGGCGUGUGUUCACACCAUAGGUGCUUUACGGCACUUGCCCUCAAUGACGUAGUAUUCCUCAUUGAUCACUGCUCAUGUCCUUUCACUGACUGCAUGUAAACAGUCUUUUGGAACAGAUAUAGCCACGCCGGACUAAAUGUGACCAUGCUAGCUAAUCCUCUUUGCUUCAGUGAUCCCAAAGAGUCUGGAGUCCUCUGGGCUUCAGAGGCACAACAGUGUUUUCUUCCUGACGAGUGGAAGACCAUGCAACACUAUGGCUGGCAAUUCAAUCUCUUGCUGCUCUAUUUUGACGUUCCUCUAGAGCCUCUGAAGAACGGCGGGCUCUGCAAUGUUCACUGACAGGAGUGCUUUGUUGUAAGCAGCUCAGGCUGAAGCGGGACACAGUCAUGAGUGCUGACACAGCCAACAGGGUGGAUCUGGACCCUGAUUACCACUCUGAACUGGCCGACAUGGUAGUAGCUAUGAACAUGGCUGCCAACAGACUGACCCCUCCUAACGGAUACCGGACCACCCCGCAUCGCCUCAAUCUCUCCGAUCGCAAGCUGUCGCUGCAGGAGCGCUCCAGUUACCAGAAUGGCGUCGCCCCACGAAUAGCCAGGAGACCCACUAUUGAAUCGAAGCGGGUGUCUAUCUCUGAUGGGGAUGACUGCGUUCAGCUAAACCAGUACAAGUUAAAGAAUGAGAUAGGAAAGGGUUCAUAUGGGGUGGUCAAAUUAGCAUACAAUGAAGAUGACGACCAGUAUUAUGCUAUGAAGUUGGUGUCCAAAAAAAAGUUAAUGAAGCAGUGUGGAUUCCCACGGCGACCUCCUUCCAGAGAAUCCAAUGGAUCACAAGAGAAUCUGUUAAAGCAUUCCGGCCUGUUGGACCGAGUUUAUCAGGAAAUCGCUAUUCUGAAGAAACUUGACCAUCUUAACGUUGUUAAUCUAGUUGAGGUUCUUGACGAUCCAGCUGAGGAUAACUUGCACAUGGUCUUUGAGUUGGUACCUAAAGGUCCAGUGAUGGAGAUCCCUACGGACAGCCCUCUGUCAGAAGAUAUGGCCCGUUUCUACUUCAGAGACGUCAUCCUAGGAAUCGAAUACUUGCACUAUCAGAAAAUCAUACAUAGAGACAUCAAACCGUCCAAUCUGCUGCUGGGGGAUGACGGACACAUCAAGAUCGCAGAUUUUGGCGUCAGUAAUGAGUUCGAGGGGAAUGACGCUCUUCUGUCAAACAGUGCAGGAACGCCAGCUUUCAUGGCGCCUGAAACUCUGACCGACCAGGACCUGAGGUUCAGCGGAAAGGCGAGGAGGUUUAUCGAAUAUGCGUACAGUGGAGACACUGGUUCUUCAUUACUUACAAAUGAGUCUCUUUGGAUUCAGGCUCUGGACAUAUGGGCGAUGGGGGUGACGCUGUUUUGUUUCGUCUUCGGAAGGUGUCCUUUUCGUGAUGAGUACAUCUUAGGCCUGCAUGAAAAGAUCAGGACUGCGCCGGUGGAGUUCUCAGACGUGCCUGUGAUCAGUGAUGGACUGAAGGUUCUUAUCAUCAGAAUGCUGGACAAAGUUCCUGAAACCAGAAUCACGUUAUCAGAAAUCAAGCUGCACCCGUGGGUCACACUUGAUGGCACGGAUCUUCUGCCUCUGGAGGAGGAGCACUGCACCGUGGUGGAGGUCACUGAGGAGGAGGUGCAGAACUCCGUCAAACUAGUUCCCAGCCUUUCUGCUGUGAUCCUGGUGAAGUCCAUGCUGCGGAAGCGCUCCUUCAGUAACCCGUUCGAGUGUCCCAGCCGCAGACAAGGCAGGUCCAUGUCUGCCCCCGGAGGUCUGACCGUGGAUAUGUCGCUAUUUCGCCCUCUAAGCAGAGGGAGUAACAGUAACAGUAACGGAAGCAGAGAGGGGGAGCUGGAAAACCUUAUAGAGGACGAAACCUUUCCUUAAAUGUAAAAAUAUCAUUAGUUGUGUGUUUAGAUUACAAUCUGCAUUACCAUGAUGUGUUACAUUUUAAGUUCUGCACGCUGUACACACUGCAUUGACGAAAGGUUAGACUUUGGAGGUACCUUUAACAUAUAAUGCACAAUCUGGUAAUAUUUGAUAUUAGAGUCAUAUUUGUGUUUCAUUGCAUUCACGUGCCAAAUUAAAAUUUAGAUUUAAACGUAUAGAGAGAGUGCAUCAGCGCUUUUGACAGAUAAGCAUGUGAUCAUUUUGAUGAGAUGUAUUAGAAGUCUGUGUUAUUAUAAAGGUCUGUAUGCUGUUUCAUUGGCCUUUUGAGGUUUUGAUGUAUCGUGCA